UCCUGCAAUCUGGCCAACAGCCUCAUGAGUGAGCAGGAGCCAUGUGACUGUGGCGAGCUGGGGUGUGUAGUUGCCUCCUGCUUCAGAGCUACCUGAUCCGAAUACUAAGCAGAGCUGCCGCCGGAGCUGUGCAUGUAACACGCUGAGGAGACUGCAAAGGAAAGUGUCCGUUCCAGAGGCAGCUCGCAACAUGGAGAUUAAAGACCAAGGAGCGCAAAUGGAGCCGCUGCUACCCACGAUGGGGAAGCUGAGACACAGAGACUAAGUGACUUUCCCAAAGCCACACAGCAAGGCAGUGACAGAGCCAGGAUUAGAACUCAGAACUUUCUGGAGCCCAGUCCCAGGCUUUAAGCAGUAGACCACAUUGUUCACUGAAGUCAACAAGCAUCUCAAUGCAAUAAUGGACAAUUCCAAGGACUCUUACAUGAGAAAUGAUGAAGAAGCUGUCGUGGACAGAGGUGGCACUCGUUCCAUUCUCAAAACGCAUUUUGAAAAGGAAGACUUGGAAGGUCACCGAACAUUGUUCAUUGGAGUUCAUGUGCCACUAGGUGGAAGAAAAAGUCACCGACGUCAUAGACACCGUGGACACAAACACAGAAAGAGAGACAGGGAACGAGAUUCAGGAUUAGAGGAUGGGAGAGAGUCUCCUCCUUUUGACACCCCAUCACAAAGAGUACAGUUUAUUCUUGGAACAGAGGAUGAUGAUGAGGAACACAUUCCUCAUGACCUCUUUACUGAACUUGAUGAGAUUUGCUGGCGUGAAGGAGAGGAUGCUGAAUGGAGAGAGACAGCAAGAUGGUUGAAGUUUGAAGAAGAUGUAGAGGAUGGUGGAGAGCGAUGGAGCAAACCAUACGUUGCCACUCUGUCACUUCAUAGCUUGUUUGAGUUGAGAAGUUGUAUCCUGAAUGGUACAGUUCUACUGGACAUGAGAGCUAAUUCUUUAGAAGAAAUUGCAGAUAUGAUUCUUGAUCAACAAGUGGGCUCAGGGCAGCUCAGCGAAGAUGUUCGUCACAGAGUACAUGAAGCUUUACUGAAGCAGCACCACCAUCAGAAUCAGAAGAAGUUAAGCAACAGGAUUCCAAUUGUCAGAUCCUUUGCUGAUAUUGGCAAAAAACAGUCUGAGCCUCAUUCCAUGGACAAAAAUGCAGGUCAGAUUGUUUCUCCACAGUCUGCUCCUGCCUGCAUUGAAAAUAAAAACGACGUGAGCAGAGAAAACAGCACUGUUGACUUUAGCAAGGUUGACCUACACUUUAUGAAAAAGAUACCUCCUGGAGCUGAAGCGUCAAACAUUUUAGUUGGUGAACUAGAGUUUUUGGAUCGUGCCGUAGUUGCUUUUGUCAGAUUGUCCCCUGCAGUAUUGCUUUCAGGACUAGCUGAAGUUCCAAUUCCAACAAGAUUUUUGUUUAUUCUUCUGGGACCACUAGGGAAGGGCCAACAGUACCAUGAGAUUGGAAGAUCAAUUGCAACACUAAUGACAGAUGAGGUAUUCCAUGAUGUUGCUUAUAAAGCUAAAGAUCGUAAUGACUUGGUUUCUGGAAUAGAUGAGUUUCUUGAUCAGGUUACAGUUCUCCCUCCUGGAGAAUGGGACCCAACAAUUCGAAUAGAGCCACCCAAAAAUGUUCCCUCUCAGGAGAAGCGCAAGAUCCCAGGAGUGCCAAAUGGAACAGCAGCUCACGGAGACCCGGUACCCCUAGGAGGACACAGUGGACCAGAAUUGCAACGGACUGGAAAGUUUUUUGGGGGAUUGAUUUUAGAUAUCAAAAGAAAAGCUCCCUUCUUCUGGAGUGACUUCAGGGAUGCUUUCAGUCUGCAGUGUCUAGCAUCAUUUUUAUUUCUCUACUGUGCUUGUAUGUCUCCUGUCAUCACGUUUGGCGGUCUGCUGGGAGAAGCAACUGAAGGUCGUAUAAGUGCAAUAGAAUCUUUGUUUGGAGCAUCCAUGACUGGAAUAGCCUACUCUCUCUUUGGUGGGCAGCCUCUUACUAUACUAGGCAGCACGGGGCCAGUGCUGGUGUUUGAAAAGAUAUUAUUCAAAUUUUGCAAAGAUUAUGGGUUAUCAUACCUUUCUUUGAGAGCUAGCAUUGGACUAUGGACUGCAACUCUAUGCAUCAUCCUUGUUGCAACCGAUGCAAGUUCCCUAGUCUGCUACAUUACCCGGUUUACUGAAGAAGCAUUUGCUUCUCUUAUCUGCAUCAUUUUCAUUUAUGAGGCCUUAGAGAAGCUAUUUCAUCUCGGUGAGACGUAUCCAAUCAACAUGCAUAAUGAUUUGGAACUGCUGACUCAAUACUCAUGUAGUUGUGUGGAGCCAGAUAAUCCUAGCAAUAAGACCUUGCAAUAUUGGAAUGACCACAAUAUCUCUGCAUCGGACAUAACUUGGGGAAACCUAACAGUGUCAGAAUGUGGGACGUUUCAUGGGGAGUACGUUGGACGAGCCUGUGGACAUCAUGGCCCUUAUGUCCCAGAUGUUCUCUUCUGGUCAGUCAUCCUGUUCUUUUCUACAGUAACACUAUCAUCCACACUGAAGCAGUUCAAGACUAGCCGAUAUUUUCCAACAAAGGUGCGAUCUAUAGUCAGUGACUUCGCUGUCUUUCUCACUAUUAUGUCCAUGGUUUUAAUUGACUAUGCCCUUGGGAUUCCGUCUCCAAAGCUUCAGGUUCCAAACGCAUUCAAGCCCACCAGAGAUGAUCGUGGCUGGUUUGUCUCUCCUCUGGGGCCUAAUCCUUGGUGGACCAUUUUAGCUGCCAUAAUUCCAGCUCUGCUUUGUACUAUCCUUAUCUUUAUGGAUCAGCAGAUUACAGCUGUUAUUAUCAACAGAAAAGAACACAAACUAAAGAAAGGGUGUGGAUACCAUCUCGACUUGUUGAUGGUGGCACUCAUGCUGGGAGUGUGCUCUAUUAUGGGAUUACCAUGGUUUGUUGCUGCCACUGUCCUUUCUAUUUCCCAUGUGAAUAGCUUAAAACUGGAAUCGGAGUGCUCUGCUCCAGGAGAGCAGCCCAAAUUUCUUGGAAUACGGGAACAAAGAGUUACAGGGCUCAUGAUCUUUGUCUUAAUGGGCUCAUCUGUCUUUUUGACAAGUGUUCUUAAGUUUAUUCCUAUGCCAGUACUCUAUGGGGUAUUUCUUUACAUGGGUGCUUCAUCUCUAAAGGGAAUUCAGCUUUUUGAUAGAAUAAAGUUAUUUUGGAUGCCCGCAAAGCAUCAACCAGAUUUUAUUUAUCUGAGGCAUGUUCCUCUUCGAAAAGUCCAUCUCUUCACCAUAAUUCAGCUGAGCUGUCUUGUACUCCUGUGGAUUAUAAAGGUUUCAAGAGCUGCCAUUGUCUUUCCAAUGAUGGUUUUAGCUUUGGUGUUUGUCAGAAAACUCAUGGAUUUAUUUUUUACCAAACGGGAGCUAAGCUGGUUGGAUGAUUUGAUGCCCGAAAGCAAGAAAAAGAAACUGGAAGAUGCAGAAAAAGAGGAAGAACAAAGUAUGUUAGCUAUGGAAGAGGAGGGCACUGUUCAGUUACCACUUGAAGGUCAUUACAGAGAUGAUCCAUCUGUGAUAAAUAUUUCUGAUGAAAUGGCAAAAACUGCCGUAUGGAAGACACUGCUGAUAUCCUCAGAGAAUGCAAAGGAUAAGGAGUCAAGCUUUCCUUCUAAAAGUGCUGAAAGCAGAAGAGAGAAGAAAGCUGACUCAGGGAAAGGUGUUGACCGGGAGACUUGUCUAUGACUUGUUCUUCAACUUAUUUUUACAAACAAAUGAAAGGAGUGCCACAAUCAUUAACAUAACUGAUUUGAUCAUAUAUUGUAAACUUUGUCUUUCAUCCCAAACUAGCACAGGUAAUGUAAGUAGUGCAAUAUUUAUUUCAUUUUCUUCUAAAUGUCUACACUGUCAGAUAUCUGUGCAAAAAUCUACUGUACCCAAUGCAAGAAUCUUCAUUUUCCUUGCUAUGUGUUAGCCAUUUGUUAAUACUGAAUUCAUCUAAUCAAUUUAGUAAGCAUAGUUUCUUUCAAAUUUAACUUAGUAGCUUUGUACUGGAUUUUUCUACUUCGCCUGUGUGAAAAUCCCUAAUAACUUCAUUCAAGACAAACUUGAAACAUAGCCCCAUUUCUUUUUUAGCUCUAGUCAAUUAUUUCAAGAGACCCAAAUUAACGAGUAAAAGUUAGUUUUAAAGAUUUUUGUGGUUUUUUUUUUAAAUAAUGACUGACCUGAUCCUAUCUCGCUAGAAUAAUCCUUACCCAUGUGAACUUUCCCAUUGAACUCGAGGGUUACUCUUGCACUAAGAGCACUGUUAUCAGACCUAAUAUUUAUGCAGUUUUCCUUGAAUUAAUACAGAAUAUUUAAUAUUCACAUUUGUAUGUAACUGGAACAUAAAAUCACAUAUCUAAUAUAUAAAACAUUCUCUUACCUUGUUAAAAAUGAAUAUUUCACAUCAUUGGAUAUUUCUUAUGGUAUUUGCUAAAAAUGCAAGCUGUGAUUACAGUGUCUUAUACUGUACUGAAUGUUGCAGUGGUCGGUCAAACAGCUGCAUUAUGUUGUUAAUGAACCCAGUAUUUUAUAAUAUUAGUGGGAAUUUUGUAGAUACAAAUCUUUACCAGACAUAUGCAGUUAUGUUGCCCUCCUAGUGAUGAUCGGUUUUCUGUUUAAUUGCCUAAAACCUUUAAACGCCAAAAAUAAAAUCAUACAUUAUGUUGCA